CCGCGACAUGGUCCCGGCCCCGAUCUUUCGGAGGUGGGUACCCCGGAUACACCGAACACGCGCCAUGGCUCGCCCUGCGCCGUUUUUCCCGUCACAAAGCUCUUCUAGCCGGUUGUUUUCGUUCCUCUUAAAUAUAUUUGUCCUGUCUCACCUCCUCUCAGGACCCUGUUUGAUCUGUUGUCAUUCUUCCCCAUUGUUCGUCGGUUACCUAUUCCGUACAUUUCUCGACUCUUCUACACUGACCAUUCCUUGGUCUUAUGAGUAGCCACUCUUCUACCCAUCCUCCCACCGAACAUACUCCUCUACUCACUCACGACACAAUGGCUACCACCUCACCCAAGGCCAAGUCCGCCAAACCCGCCAACAUGAUGGACGAUCCUGAGACAGCGGAUGAUAUCCAAGUCUCCCAGCAGAAGCAGCUCGCUACCCAAGGAAAUGCUCACUUCCACCGCCUGGGAUGGAAGCGUCUCGCCGUCGUCACAAUCGUCGAGGCUAUUGCCCUCGGCGCCCUCAGCCUUCCUUCAGCCUAUCACACGCUGGGCAUGUUCCCCGGUGUCUUCCUCACAAUCACUCUCGGCCUCGUCUCCAUCUUCACCAGCUACAUCGUCGGCCAAGUCAAGUUGAAAUUCCCCCACGUGGCGCACUAUGCUGAUGCCGGACGCCUUCUUCUCGGUCGCUUUGGCUAUGAGAUUUUCGGUGCUGCCCUCGUUCUCGAGCUUGUUAUGGUUGUUGGUUCGCAUGCCUUGACUGGUAGCAUUGCGCUCAUUGACAUCAAUGGUGGACAUGUCUGCUCCAUCGUCUUCUCUGCUGUUUCGGCUAUCAUCCUUCUGAUCCUCGCCAUCCCCCCAUCUUUCACCGAAGUCGCCAUUCUUGGAUAUAUCGAUUUCGUGUCUAUCCUUGCUGCCAUUGGCAUCACCGUCAUUGCCACCGGUAUUCAAGCUAGCGAUUCAGCUGGUGGACUCUCUGGCGUUGAGUGGUCUGCUUGGCCCAAGGAGGACCUCAGCUUCGCCGAGGCAUUCGUCGCUGUCAGCAACAUCAUCUUCGCCUUCAGCUUCGCAAUCGGUCAAUUCUCCUUCAUGGACGAGAUGCACACACCAACCGAUUACAUGAAGUCCAUCUACGCCUCCUGCUUCAUCCAGAUUGCGAUCUACACUCUGACUGGAGCCCUGUGCUACGCUUUUAUCGGACCCUCAGUGCAAUCGCCCGCAUUGCUCUCCGCCGGACCACUUAUUUCCAAGAUCGCCUUUGGGGUCGCUCUACCCGUCAUCUUUAUUUCCGGUUCGAUCAAUUCUACCGUUGCCCUUCGAUAUCUUCAUGGCCGUAUGUUCAAGGACUCAAUUCUGCGAUAUGUCAACACCCCCAUGGGUUGGGUCAGCUGGAUCACUCUUGUGACCAUCUUCACCAUCAUCGCUUGGGUCAUCGCUGAGGCUAUCCCUAUUUUCUCUGACUUGCUCUCUCUGGCCUCGGCUCUCUUUGUCUCCGGUUUCUCUUUCUGGAUCCCCGGUGUCAUGUGGUUCGUCUUGCUCUGCGAGGGCAAGUGGUUUUCCAAGAAGAACAUGUUGAUGAGCUUGGGAAGCAUCCUGGCCUUUAUCAUCGGAAUCGUUACACUUGGUGCUGGUACAUAUGCCACCAUUAAAGAUAUCAUUGAUAUUACUUCCGAUGGCUCUGCUCAUGCUCCUUUCACUUGCCGAUCAAGCUAAUCUGACUCGGCGUGACGAUAGAUGUUCCAAAGCGAAAAAUGCAUUUAGAUAUAUGAUGUAAAUUAAUACAAUCUCGAUUCUUAAUUAUAUAAUCAUCCAAUAAGUUUUAUAUAUAUACAGUGCAUUCAUUACCUG